GCGCGUUUCCGGUUCCGCUACUGCCGGAGCUACCUCGUUAUACUCUAGAGUGGCGGUGUCCUCUGCCACCUCUCUGCACUAUGUCGGGUGGCCUCCUGAAGGCGCUGCGCAGCGACUCCUACGUCGAGCUGAGCCAGUACCGGGACCAGCACUUCCGGGGUGACAAUGAAGAACAGGAAAAAUUACUGAAGAAAAGCUGUACAUUGUAUGUUGGAAAUCUUUCCUUUUAUACAACGGAAGAACAAAUCUAUGAGCUCUUCAGCAAAAGUGGUGACAUAAAGAAAAUCAUCAUGGGCCUGGAUAAAAUGAAGAAGACAGCAUGUGGGUUCUGCUUUGUGGAAUACUAUUCAAGAGCAGAUGCAGAAAAUGCCAUGCGGUAUAUAAACGGAACUCGUCUGGAUGACCGGAUCAUUCGUACAGACUGGGAUGCAGGCUUUAAGGAGGGCAGGCAGUAUGGCCGUGGGCGUUCCGGGGGCCAGGUACGAGAUGAAUAUCGUCAGGACUAUGAUGCUGGAAGAGGUGGCUAUGGAAAACUGGCCCAAAACCAGUGAGUGGUUGAGAGCCCCAUCAGGAAAGCCCAUUCCCUUUGGCCUAUUGAAUUUGACGGGUGUUACCCAAGGUCUGCAAGCCUGCCUUUUGUUUUUGUGUUUUUUUUUAAAAACCAAGCUUUAAUCAAUGUCUCUACUGAGCUGGAAGCCUUGUCAUGGUUUUCCUCUUAAAUAUUAUUAAAGAACAGAAUCCAAAAGAAUGCCUUUAAUUCUGUAGAAUUAAAUCUUAGAAUCUUGGUUCUGUGUCAGAUUACCAAAAUGAUUUCUGUUACUAGGUCAAAAAUGGUGUUCCUUAGCAACAGACUUGGAUGUAUAAUGUUGAUCUGUCAGCCAAAAACAUACUUCUUUUAGAAGACUGGAAAAAAUUUUGAAGUGUUUACCAUGUUUGCAUCUAAGUAGGUUCAUGGUCUACCUUGGGACCUGGAAUUACUAUUUUUAAAAUUUUAAGUUUUCGUAAGAUAAAAUUUAAUAAGUGGACUUGUGCUGUGUAAUGUAGCUUUGCUCUAAAUUAGGGGAACAGAUGUUUGAUAACUGAAUUUUUCUGUGUUGAUUUUUAAUCUGUAAAGGUGAAACUUAAUGGAAAUUCCUAAACAGUUGGUAUAAAAGUAAGCUUUAGACAGCCCCAGGGACCACCACCUGCUUUACAUGCUUUGUAUAUCAGGAAAUAAGGGACAGGUAUUGAAGGGUAUUUACUUACUAAACACAUUUUCCAAAAUAUGUGAUA